AUGACGGAAUUUUUCUUUGCAGUGGGCACAAAAUCAGUGACGACUACUCGACUGACAUCACAAAGCGAUCUUCCAGUGAGUGCAGGUGGGUCAGGUGGCAGAGCUACAGCAGGAGGCUCCAGCAGCUCGGUUCUGGUCACAUCCAGCAGCUCCAACGCCCCCAGUGGAUCCAGCAAGGGAGCUGGAGGCAUCAGCAUCACCACCGUAGGAGCCUCCUCUGCUGCAGGUGGAGGGGGUUCAGCAUCAGGGGCAUCAGGGGUAUAUGGGGCCUCAAAGACAAUGGAAGGCUUCAGCUCUGCAGGACGAGGGUCUUAUAGUUUUGCAAGUGGCAGCAGUCAAGGGAAAAGAGAAGGUGGUCUUGGUGCUGUGACAGUUUCCACGGUGACCAAGACCAGCUGCAGCUCAGGAGGAGGUGGGGAAGCGAAGAGGGGGUCAUCUUCAUCAUCGUCUGCAGUCAUGUACUCUCCUGCUCCAAAGGAGAGGAAGAACGUGAGCACCACAUCUGCAGCUCUGUCGGAGGUGUUUGACGAAAGUUCAAGUCCCGACUCCUCUCCAGAGUACAACAGGAAGGAGUAUGUCAGUGCAACACCAACGUCUACCACUAGAGGGAGAGCUCAGAGCAGAGAGAGUGAGAUCAGAGCGAGGCUGCAGAGUGCUUCUCCUACGGCAAGCUGGACGGAGCUGGACGAUGUGAAGCGUCUCCUCAGAGGGAAUCGAUCUGUCAGCCCCACUCAGUCCCCCAACAACACGCUGCCCAUCCCCAAGAAGGCCAGCUUGGAGACCAGGACCCUGUCUGAGAGCUCCAACACAGACCAGUACAGCAGCAUUUGGUCUGGAGCUAUGAGCAGCAGCUACAGCUACAACACAAACCACAACAACCUGUCACCCACCUCCACCCUCUACCAGCCAGGAGUUCAGAACAACGUGACUCUCAGCUCCCCCUCCGUGAACGGUGGACUUUCUGUCAGCAGCUCUGUUCCAGUUUACGGUGUUCAGAACAACCUGGUCAGCAGCAGUCCGACUGUUCUCUCCCCCACUGGAACGAACACACCCAUCGUUUAUGGUGUGCAGAAAAACAUAUCUAGCAUGAGCACAACCACAGUGAGACCCAGCAGUCUUGUCAGUGACGAGGCCUCAGGAAAAGACUUCAAGUUUGUGAUGAUAGAAAAGGAAAACGCUCCCGUUAAGAAGGAGACAGAGCGACUCGUCAUGGCCAAAGACACAGGGAAGCAGUUCAUGUCGGCAGCACCUGUUGCUACUACUGCGACCUACUCUGAAGAUUCACUGAAGAGAGAGAAACAGAAACUAUCAUCUAGCAGAGUGGAGGAGGGAACAGAAGCUAAAACAUUGACCCUGAAAGUUUCCACAAAGGACAAAGCCACCUAUGCAGAGAUCCAUCAAGAUGAAUCAGGCCUCGGCUUCUUGUCCUGCUGCAGCUGGUGGAAGUGGCUCCUCGGCCUCCUGCUUGGCCUCCUGCUGCUCCUCGGCCUCCUCGCUGGACUCAUCGCAUUGGGUGAAGAAAUUAAACGGCUGAAGAACCGUGUGGAGGCUCUGGAGGCCAUCACCGGCACAGCUUCAGCCAGAACCAGCCGCCUGUCGGCCUCCUCUGGCAUCAACAUCAUCGACCCUCUGGACUCAGCGUACAUUGACAGGAGCUCCUCUGGCUCCACCAUCACCCACUCUGAUAAUGUGAUUAACCUGGGGGCUGCUGGGCCUGGAGGAGGAGGAGGCGCCGGUAGCAGACUGGGUCAGGACAGCGCCGCCCUGCAGAGAACUUUGCAGCAGCUGAUCAGGGCUGAACUCCACUCAGGUCCAAUUAGAGAAUCUCUGGUGUACUCACUGAAAGGAGAGAGAGGAGAACCAGGACCUAAAGGUGAUGCAGGAUCUCUUGGACAGAAAGGUGAUAGCGGCUUCCCAGGUCUGCCAGGUCCUCCAGGGCAGAUGGGACACCCAGGUCUGGAUGGGCCGAGGGGACCAAAAGGCAGCGCAGGUGAACCUGGUGCUGAGGGACCGCCAGGCCAGAGGGGCCGGGAGGGACCGAUGGGUCCCCGAGGAGAAGCUGGAGCUCCAGGAUUUGGAGAAAAGGGAGAUAAAGGACCUCAAGGAGAACCAGGACGUCCCGGUCCUGCUGGCGCUCCUGGACCUGUGGGGCCUAAAGGUGCCAUGGGAGAGCAGGGCGCCUCUGGAAGUCCUGGUGCUCCUGGUCCAAAAGGUUUCCAGGGUGAAGCUGGAGCUCCAGGAGCAAAAGGUGACCGAGGAACUGCAGGGCUGCCAGGAAGCAAAGGAGACCUUGGAGAAAGAGGACCACGUGGAUCUGCAGGUGAACCAGGACAGCCUGGAGCUCAAGGCCCUGCUGGACCAAAGGGAUCUAAAGGAGAUUCAGGUGAGGCAGGUUCAGUGGGACUUCCUGGUGUGAGAGGACCACCUGGGCUUCCUGGAGAUGCUGGUCCUCCAGGCACUCCUGGGCUGCAGGGACCUCCAGGUAUUGCGGGAAAUCCAGGACCCCCAGGUGGUAAAGGUGAACCUGGAUCUCCUGGUAAAGUCAUCAGUGCAGUUGGUUCUGAUACUUUGGCCAUCCCUGGACCUCCAGGACCAGCCGGGCCUCCAGGUCCAGCUGGUCCUCCUGGUCUGUCUGGUCCCAUUGGUCCUGCUGGUGUCCCAGGACAACCAGGUCCUAAAGGAGAACAAGGUGAAAAAGGUGAGAAGGGAGAGAAGGGAGAGAAGGGAGAGGACGGAACUGCAGUGGCCGGACCUCCGGGUCCACCAGGACCUCCUGGAGAACCUGGUCUUCAGGGUCCUCCUGGUGAAGCUCAACAGGGUCCUCCAGGACGCCGAGGUCCAGCUGGAGAGCCAGGUGUUGGUAAACCUGGACCUCCAGGAGAGAAAGGAGAACCCGGCAGCUUUGUGCCGACAUCAGAAACCUUCUUUGCUGGACCACCAGGACCACCAGGACCUCGAGGCCCACAGGGUUCACCAGGAUACGUAGGUGAACCAGGACAACCAGGUCUUCCAGGAAGUCCAGGGGAUGAAGGUGUUGGUUUCCCGGGUCAGCCUGGACCCAGAGGACCUCCAGGUCCAGAGGGUCCACCAGGGCCUGUGGGACCACAAGGAGCUCGAGGUGAAGCAGGAGGUCCUGGUUCUCCAGGAGUCCCAGGAGCCUCUGCUGACAGUUCUUACGGUCCUGCCUCCCUGGGCCCGCCUGGACCACCUGGUCCCCCUGGUCCCCCUGGAAGAGAUGGAAGCGGCUCCGGAUCCACAGUUGUGGGCCGGUACAUCGCAGAGUAUCUUCAGAGUGAUGGAAUCAGACAGUACCUGGCUGGACCUCCUGGACCUCCGGGUCCUCCAGGGGUCCCUGGUACACCUGGGGCUGCAGGGGAUGGUCUGGUGAAUGACGUGGCUAACCGAGUCCUCGCUUACCUUCAAAGUUCAAGCCAAGGAUAUGAUGGGAGUCCUGGGCCUCCUGGUCCUCCAGGUCCGCCUGGUUCCAUCUCUGUCAAGGAUAUUGUCGACCUGUUACAGCGAGAAGAUGUCAGGAGAUACAUUGGUGGUCCACCUGGACCACCAGGACCUCCUGGAGCUCCAAGCGGCCAUGGAGGCUACGCCUUUAACACCCAGGAAGUUGCUGAGCGUGUUUUCUCUCUAAUGAAUGAGAGGGGAGCAGCAGGUGUACCUGGACCUCCUGGACCUCCUGGACCUGCUGGACCUCCUGGGUUCGUGUUAGGGUCAGGUUUAGGGUCCGUACCUGGUCCUCCUGGUCCACCAGGUGGCCCUGGUCCACAAGGACCACCUGGACCACCCGGACCACCAGGAUAUGGGAACUACAACAGCGCAGACAUCCGGGACUACCUGCAAAGUGUUGCCUUUCGAGGUCCUCCUGGGCCUCCUGGGCCUCCUGGACCUGAAGGUCCCCCUGGUCUGGUUCCUGUUCGUGAUCACAGAGAGAGAUUCCGAGCUGAACUACAGGAAUACGAAUUCUCUCCAGGUGAUGGGUUGAGCGGAGCCAUGUUUGGAGUUCCUGGUCCACCAGGCCCUCCUGGACCCCCAGGACAUAAAGGAGAGCCAGGUGCACCUGCUGCCACACAGUUUAACCUGGACCCUGGCAACUUCUCCAGUAUGGCUGCCAAAGUAACUGACUACAUCAAAUUGGACUACGGCAGCCAUGUUUUCCAAGGACCUCCAGGACCACCAGGACCCCCGGGUCCUCCUGGAUACAGCCGAUGGUUUGGUUCCCAUGGAAACACAACGGCUCUGAUGGAAUACAUCAAAUUCUCCUUCAUGAGACAUCGAACGGAACCACAACGAACGGGUCACCCAGGGCCACCAGGGCCGCCUGGUCCUCCAGGUCCACCAGGAUACAGCCAACUGUUUGGGUCCCACACAAACAUCACUGAUUUAGUGGAUUUUCUCACAGCACAUGGAGCCAUUGUGGGACCACCUGGAGACCAGGACAGAAAGGGACAUGGACCAAAAGAGAGAGAGGUAACCACCUGUGAACGAGGCCCGUCUGGACCUGAAGGACUCAGAGGACCGAAAGGUGACCGAGGAGAAUUUGCAGUGAUGACUAGAAGAAGGAGGGAUGCUGGCGUCUGAGACCCACAAAUCCAGUUUUUUCCGUGUUAAAUGAACUGAAGCUGUAAUUUUAUGCUGCAUUUGUGUUUUGUACUUGUGAACUUUAUCCACGUUAUGA